ACCUAUAAGUAUAUCGACCUGAGAUUCAGUUCAUGAGCCAUUCAAAACGACCACGACUAGCGUCAAAGGCUGUGAGGAAGAUGACGCAACUUUUGCGCCGAAGGGAUCUAGUCAUGGUCGGUGUUUGCUUGGUCUUUGCCGGAUUUUUGAGUUUAGUGAUCUACCAAAUUGGUGUUUAUCCACUACAACUAUUUUUCCACUUCUCAGAUGAUGUCCAUCAUCAAGAAGAUCUGAAAAAAUUGGGGAAAAUCCUGACGGAAGCAGCGACGGAGGAUAAAACGGUGAUAAUAACCACCUUAAACCGGGCUUGGUCUGAGCCAAACUCGACGUUUGAUUUGUUUCUUGACAGUUUUCAUGUUGGAAAAGAGACUAAGCCAUUACUCCGACACCUUGUGGUGGCGUGUCUCGACGGGGAGGCAUAUUCUCGGUGCUUGGAGGUCCAUCCCCGUCGUUGUUAUUUCAUGAAAACAGCUGGAAUUGAUUUCGCUGGCGAUAAGAUGUUCAUGACGCCGGACUAUCUCAAGAUGAUGUGGCGUCGUAUAGAGUUUUUGGGUACUUUGUUAAAGCUGGGAUAUAACUUUAUCUUCACGGACAUAGAUAUAAUGUGGUUUCGAGAUCCAUUUCCUCGUCUAUCUAAAGAUGUCGAUUUCCAAAUCGCUUGUGACCGUUUUAAUGGAGAUGAGAACGAUAUCCACAACGCUGUCAAUGGUGGUUUCACCUUUGUUAAAGCCAAUCAACGAACCAUAGAUUUCUACAACUAUUGGUACAUGUCGAGGCUGCGAUAUCCGGAUCGGCACGAUCAAGACGUGCUCGAUAAUAUCAAAGGUGGUUGGUACACUGCAAAAAUUGGACUCAAAAUGAAGUUUCUCGACACAAAGUACUUUGGAGGAUUUUGUGAGCCAAGUCAGGACUUGGAUAACGUUUGUACAAUGCAUGCCAAUUGUUGUGUGGGAUUAGAGAAUAAAAUUAAAGAUUUGAGACAAUUGCUUGUGGAUUGGGAGAAUUAUUUGUCUUCGAAGACAACAGAUGGUCAAAUGAUGACAUGGCGAAACCCGGAGAAUUGCAUGAAGCAGUGGUGGUGGAAAAAGAAAAAAAAGAGCAUUGGGUGAAAAUAUAAAAGCAAAAUUAUAUAAAUAUAGAGUGCCUAU